AUGGCGGCCGGUGGCUCUGUGCAGAGCAGCACGCAUCAGGAAGACGCAGUCGUCCCCGCUGGCAGUCGCUACAGCGGCCACUCACCCCAGUGGUUUCCACAGACCAGCAGUGUGUCCAACCCCAGGAAUGAGGCGUGGCUCCGGCAGCCCGCCGCCACUGCUCUCCUCAGACGCACGGUGCUGGGGCCACCAGAGCUGCUGUGCCGCCGGGAGCGGACAGCCCGGGCCGGGACGGCCCUUCGCAGCGGCUGGCAGAGUAGUGUCCAGUUGCCCCAGACUGGGGAGCUCGGCCAAGCCUUCCUGCCGCAGGCCCCACGGGGUCAGGCUGAGGCCGCCCUCUGCCGGGGCUCCUCUUCGACCUGCCUGCCUCCUGGUCCUGUCCUGGGCCAUGAGGACAGGGUCCCUCCCAGCUCUCUGCCCUCGGGGCUGACCCAGACUCGGCCGCCAGACCAGGCUGGUGCUGGGAGGUUGGCCAUGACCUCGGAGGCCUCUUCUGGAAGCCACUGUGCCAGGAGCAGGCCUCCGCGCAGACGGGCCCAGGAGGAGGACCGCGCCGUCCUGAUCGACGUGGCCCCCGGGGCAGAGAAGGGGGACUCUUACGGGAGCACAACCAACACCUCAGAGUCAGCUGGACGCCAGACAGCCGCCGGCAGGGUGGGGAGCCCCACCGAGCCCUGGAUCGCAGACUUUGUCCUUGUUUGGGAGGAAGACCUGAAGCAGGGUCGGCAACAGGACACCACCACCCAGAACAAGACAGACACACAUGGGGCCUGGAGGGAGACCUUCCUGGAUAACCUUCGAGCGGCUGGGCUGCAGGUGGAUCAGCGUGAUGUGCAGGACGAGGACAGCGCGGUGCACUACCUCCUCCUCAGCGCCCCCUGGGCCGUGCUCUGCUACUACGCGGAGGACCUGCGUCUGAAGCUGCCCCUGCAGGAGUCGCCCAACCAGGCCUCCAACUGGUCGGCCAGCCUGCUGGAGCGGCUGCGGGUCCCCAACAUCCUGCUGGAGGACGUGCCCGACGUGCCCCCCGAGUCUUACUCCUGCCCGUUCAAAGCGAGCAAACUGUCCAGGUUCCUCAGGAGUGACAACCAGCCCACCUUCUUCCCCAGCACCCACAGACACCAGAUUCUCUUCGAGAUCCUGGCCAAGACCCCGUACGGCCACGAGAAGAGGGGCCUGUUUGGGAUCGACCAGCUGCUGGGGGAGGGAGUCUUCCGCGCAGCCUUCCCGCUGCACGACGGCCCCUUGACGACGCCCCCGGAGAGCCCACGUGCCCUGGGCCCCACCCAGCGGCAGGUCCUGCUCCGGCACUGGGCCCGCUGGCGCAAGUGGCACAAGUACCAGCCUCUGGACCACGUGCGCAGGUACUUCGGGGAGAAGGUGGCCUUCUACUUCGCCUGGCUCGGGUUCUACACAGGCUGGCUCCUGCCAGCGGCGGUGGCGGGCACCCUGGUGUUCCUGGUCGGCUGCCUCAUGGUGUUCUCAGACACACCCACGCAGGAGCUGUGCGGCAGCGGGGACAGCUUCGAGAUGUGCCCGCUCUGCCUGGACUGCCCCUUCUGGCUGCUCUCCAGCGCCUGCGCCCUGGUUCAGGCCGGCCGGCUCUUCGACCACGGUGGCACCGUCUUCUUCAGCUUGUUCAUGGCGCUGUGGGCGGUGCUGCUUCUGGAAUACUGGAAGCGGAAGAGCGCCACGCUGGCCUACCGCUGGGGCUGCUCCGACUACGAGGACAUAGAGGAGCGGCCGCGGCCCCAGUUUGCUGCCUCAGCUCCCACCACAGCCGUGAACCCCAUCACCGGUGAGGACGAGCCCUACUUCCCCGAGAGGAGCCGCCUGCGCCGGGUGCUGGCCGGCUCCGUGGUGGUCACGGUGAUGGUGGCUGUGGUGGUCAUGUGCCUGGUGUCCAUCAUCCUGUACCGGGCCAUCAUGGCCAUCCUGGUGUCCAGGUCGGACAACACCCUCCUCGCACCUUGGGCGUCGCGCAUCGCCAGCCUCACGGGGUCCAUGGUGAACCUCGUCUUCAUCCUCAUCCUCUCCAAGAUCUACAUGGCCCUGGCGCACGUCCUGACAAAAUGGGAGAUGCACCGGACCCAGACCCAGUUCGAGGACGCCUUCACCCUCAAGGUGUUCGUCUUCCAGUUCGUCAACUUCUACUCCUCGCCCAUCUACCUCGCCUUCUUCAAGGGCAGGUUCGUGGGCUACCCGGGCAACUACCACACCUUGCUUGGGGUCCGCAACGAGGAGUGUGCGGCCGGGGGCUGCCUCAUUGAGUUGGCACAGGAGCUCCUGGUCAUCAUGGUGGGCAAGCAGAUCAUCAACAAUGUGCAGGAGAUUCUCGUCCCGAAGCUAAAGGGCUGGUGGCAGAAGUUCCGGCUCCGCUCCAAGAAGAGGAAGGCAGGGGCUUCCGUGGCGGCUGGCCAGGCGCCCUGGGAGGCGGACUACGAGCUCCUGCCCUUCGAGGGCCUGUUUGACGAGUACCUCGAGAUGGUGCUGCAGUUCGGCUUCAUCACCAUCUUCGUGGCCGCCUGCCCGCUCGCGCCGCUCUUCGCCCUGCUCAACAACUGGGUGGAGAUCCGCCUGGACGCGCGCAAGUUCGUCCGAGAGCGCCGGCGCCCCGUGGCCGAGCGUGCGCAGGACAUCGGCAUCUGGCUCCACAUCCUGGCGGGCAUCACGCACCUGGCGGUCAUCAGCAACGCCUUCCUGCUCGCCUUCUCGUCCGACUUCCUGCCGCGCGCUUACUACCGGUGGAGCCGGGCAAGCGACCUGCGGGGCUUCCUCAACUUCACGCUGGCGCGCGCCCCGCCCGCUUUCGCCGCCGCGCACAACCGCACGUGCAGGUAUCAGGCUUUCAGGGAGGAUGACGGACACUAUUCCCGGACGUACUGGAAUCUUCUGGCCAUCCGCUUGGCCUUCGUCAUUGUGUUUGAGCAUGUGGUGUUCUCCAUUGGCCGGCUCCUUGACCUCUUGGUGCCCGACAUCCCCGAAUCUGUGGCGAUCAAGGUGAAGCGGGAGUACUACCUGGCCAAGCAGGCGCUGGCCGAGAACGAGCAGCCACCACCUUGGCCUUGGAGCGCCGGCACGAUGGAACCCACAGGUGCGACCUCUUCCAUGCGACACGCCACCAUGAGACUUGCCCACAGCACUGCUGCCGUGUGUCGCUCUCUGAAUGAAGACGAUCAGCGGGGUGUUCUGCCUGGCUGGUGGGCAUAGCGCUGCCUUCACACUUCUUCCACACCUCCUGAUGCCCCACAGGGUGCACGUUUAGGAGCGAGCGCAAGUGCCGGGUCCCUGUCCACCCCCAACAGCGAUGCCUCCCAGUGCUGAGACCCCAUGCCAGCUGAGAGAACUGCACCCCAUGUCUGUGGAUGUCAGGUUACCACUCAAAAGCAUGCUGAAGGCACCCCUGGUUUCAAAAGACUGAGCACACACAGGGCGUGAUAAAUGAGU